GAAAAACCUCCUGGUACCACUGAAACUCGCAUUCUUCGCUAUCGAAAAUCGCUGAACCAGUGCACCUAUUUUAACAGUCUGUGAUAGUUGAUUUUAAAUUUUACGAUGUUUCGGCUUCUCCUGCUGGCAGGUACAGUUGCAUAUUCAUCGGCUUUCCUGGAUAGCUUAAUGAAGGGACGCAGCAACUGUUCCAUAUCCCAGUUUCAAUGCAGCGACAAUCGCUGCAUCGCGGUGCAGGCCCAAUGCGAUGGCAAGAACGAUUGCGGCGAUUUUAGCGAUGAAAAGGAUUGUGAUUUUAUUCUAUGCAGAGAACCCAGCUUUUUCCGCUGCAAAAACCGUCGCUGUAUCGCCAAAUUGUUCGUGUGCGAUCGGGAAAAUGACUGCGAAGAUUUUUCCGAUGAGUCAGAUUGCGACUAUUUCAAACUGGAAAAUUUGGCAACCAGCACAUGCGGAGCGGGCGAAUGGCAAUGUACGGACAAAAUCUGCAUCCCGGAAGAAUGGGUUUGCAAUCAGGAGAUUGACUGUUUGGAUGGUUCCGAUGAAGGUGUCGGAUGCACCAUCAACGAUCAUGAAUGCGACGGCUUUCGUUGCACAAACAAUCGUUGCAUCCCCAAAGAGUGGCGUUGCGACACUCACGAUGACUGCAGCGAUGGCAGCGAUGAGCGCGACUGCGAACACCAUUUCGACCCCACGCAAUGCACUCUGGACCAGAAAAAGUUCCUUUGCUUGGACGGCAAAGCCUGUGUGGAUCUCACAAACGUCUGCAAUGGUCGGAAUGAUUGUCUCGAUAAAUCCGAUGAAGGUCGUCUCUGCAACCAUCCGGAGCUGAACUGUGCAACACAUAACUGCUCGCAUGAUUGCAUCAGUUUGCCUGCAGGGCCGCGCUGCAUUUGUCCUGCCGGCUACCACAAUGUCAACGAAAAAGUGUGCAUCGACAUCAACGAGUGUGAAGAGUAUGGCAUUUGCGACCAGCACUGCCGGAACUCGCCCGGAUCGUACGAGUGCUUCUGCGAGCACAAAUACAUGCUGCAGGAAGACAAGCGGACUUGCAAAGCGAUCGGGGGCGAGGCCACGAUGAUAUUCAGCUCCAAAACACAAAUUCGCUCAUACCUGCUGAACAGCGACCUGCUGUUCUCGAUUGCCAACAAUCUGAAGCAAGUGGUAGGAGUCAGUUCUGAUGGCCAGCACAUCUACUGGACGGAUGUGCAAAGCGAGCACGAAGCCAUCGUCCGCGCCUCAGAAGACGGAUCAGAUCGAGAGGUGAUUGUAACGUCGGGCCUGGGCCUUCCGGAAGACCUAGAAGUCGACUGGCUCACCGGAAACAUCUAUUUCACGGACGCUCAGAACCGGCAUAUCGGCGUCUGCAAGAACGACGGCUCUCAUUGCACCGUUCUGAUCAACAAGGACAUCAGAAAACCACGUGGCAUUGCGCUGAAUGUGAACGACGGAACGAUGUACUGGACCGACUGGGAAAAACCUGCGGAAAUUGCCACUGCUCAGAUGGACGGAACCAAUGCCAUGCCAUUUCUUCGCGAUGAUAUUGGCUGGCCCAAUGGGUUGGCUUUGGACUUUCCCAACUCGCGUCUCUAUUGGACGGAUGCCAAGAAAAUGACUCUGGAAAGUAUUCGAUUGGACGGCACUGAUCGAAGAGUAAUUCUCAAAGACGUCGUAAGGCAUCCGUUCGCUAUUGCGGUGUUCGAAGACAAAAUCUACUGGUCGGACUGGAACACGCACUCCAUCGAUUCCUGUGAGAAAUUCACCGGCAAGAACCAUCACACUCUGAUCAAAGAGUCGAAGGACUACAUUUACGGAAUGAGCAUUUACCAUUCGGCUUUACAUAAGAGAAUUGAGAAUCCGUGCGCUUCCGCUUUCUGCAGCGACAUUUGCCUUCUGAACGGAGUCAGUUACUCGUGUGCCUGCUCAGAAGGACGAUUGCUCCAUUCAGAUAAACACACUUGCCAAGCGAUGGAAAAGCGGCAAAUGCUCGUGUUGGCAGCUGGAAACGCCCUCUUAAGCAUCGAGCAUAAAACGCUUGGGAAGCAUUCGCUGACCGUCUUACCAUCAGUGGUGGCUGACGCGGGAGCGCUGACUUACGAUGGGCGCAACCACAGCAUUUUCAUCAGCGAUCUGACCAAAAAGAGCAUUGUGGAAUUCAACUUGCACUCGCACAGUCGCACCACGCUGCCAAUCAAGGGGCUGGAAACCGUCGUUUCCAUGGACUUUGACUCAGCGAGCAACAACUUGUACAUUUGCGACAGCGCAAAGUCCACUCUGGAAGUGGUCAGCUUAACCACCAUGGCCCACAAGGUGCUGAUUUAUGGGGCCGAACAUGAAGUGCCCCAAUCGGUAGCGCUGGUUCCCCACGACGGUCUCAUGUUCGUCUCGUUCUACGACCAGAGGAAGGAACAGUCGCACAUCGACCGGAUGUCCAUGGACGGCACUGGACGCACUCACAUCACGGAACAGGAUCUGAAUGGACCGGUCAAGUUGCAUUUCGACUCUCAUUUUAAUCGGCUAUUUUUCGCUGAUGCCGGCACUGGAGUUAUCGAGCAUAUCAACAUCGAUGGAGACGAGCGGCAUGUGUUUAAAAAAACAUAUUCCAUAUUCUCGGACUUGACCGCUCUUAACUCAGACCUAUUCUGGACCAAUCAGUAUUCCAAGACGCUUUACUGGGCCGACAAGAGUUCUGGCGAAAACACCCAAACAAUAUCCAUUGAUUUACCAGCUGAGCAUGUAUUCAAUGUGUAUGUGGCCUCAGUAACUCCAGGCGUUCUUCCCUACAGUCCAUGCGAGCACAGCAACGGAAACUGCAGCCAUUUGUGCUUGCCCGCUCACAAGACCGCAACUUGUGCGUGUCCCGCCCGAAUGGUCUUGGACAGUGAUAUGAAACGUUGCAGCAUCAGACACGCGUGUGAAGCUGAAGAAUUCAUGUGCACCACGUCCAACACGUGCAUUCAAAGCACAUUGAAAUGCAACGGAAAACUGGACUGUCCUCACGGGGAAGACGAGGACGACUGCAAGAUGAACGUUCGCUGUCCCAUUGGAUACUUCGGCUGCCAAAGUGGAGAAUGCAUCCCGGAAAAGCAAGUCUGCGAUCACCAUUUCGACUGCAAAGACAAGUCGGAUGAGCUGCAGUGCAUGGCCAAAUCAACGGCGAAAAAAUGCCCUCCAAACAAGUUCGCUUGUGGCGACGGAACCUGCAUCGGUGAUCGGUUUGUUUGCGAUGGUGUGAUCGAUUGUGCCGAUCAUUCCGAUGAGAACAAUUGUCUGGAGAAUGUGUGCUCGUUUUCACAGUUUCGGUGUGACUCCGGCGAGUGCAUUCCAAAGAGCUGGGAAUGCGAUCAUGAGUACGAUUGUAAAGAUCUUUCGGAUGAACAUGCUGAUUGCGAUCUCCUCACAUGCAGCCCCGCGAUGUUUACGUGCAACAAUGGCAAAUGCAUCGAUAAAUCGAUGAUUUGCGACAACUUGAAUGAUUGCGGCGAUCAUUCGGAUGAACUAAACUGCUAUCUGCUGAGUGGAAGCUCCAGCUCGGCAUGCGGAGAACAUCAGUUCGCUUGCCCGAAGAAUCAGACCAUUUGCCUGAGCAAAGCUGCUAGAUGUAAUGGAACUGCGGAAUGCCCGCAGAAAGAAGACGAAAUGAAUUGCUCAAAUUGCGGUCCCGAUGCCUUCGAGUGCGGCAACAAAAAAUGCAUCUCCAAUCUGUGGGUGUGCGAUGGAAGCGACGACUGCGGCGAUCACAGUGACGAAAAUGCCACCAUUUGCCACACUGAGUCCAAGCAAACUUCCAGAUUGAUUCACACUAAUUGCGAUGAUGGAUUCAGAUGCAAAUCAGGCGCGUGCAUCAGCGUGGAGUUGCUCUGCAACGACAAGCACGACUGCUUCGACGAGUCUGAUGAAGGCGGACUGUGCUCGAAAUCCUGCGAGUCGAUGAACAACCCCUGCAGUCAGGACUGCAUCAAAACGCCAGCAGGCCCGAUGUGCAGAUGUGGCGAUGGUUUCAGGCUGAUGGGCGAUGGACACACAUGCAAAGACAUCAACGAAUGCGACCAGGAUCCGCCGAUCUGCAGCCAACUUUGCCAGAAUACUGAAGGAGGUUUCACUUGCGACUGUUACGAAGGAUUCAGCCUGAGAGGAGACAAGCAAUCCUGCAAAUCCACUGGGAAACCCAUGGCCCUGAUCUACACCAUCGACAACCAGAUUCGCGAGAUUGCCCAGAAGGAGAACUCCCUAAAGGUGCUGUACGCUGAAGAAAUGCCCAAAAUAACCGGACUGGAUGUCUCAAACAAGAACAACUAUGUGGUGUUUGCGGUGGAGAAUUCGCCGACGAUCCAGCGAAUCGACCUGCAGAGCAUGAGGCGCGAUUAUAUUGAGCAUAUCGGCUAUCCGAGGGAAAUCGCCUAUGAUUGGGCUACAGACAACAUCUACUACUACAGCGAAGAAGCUGAUGGCAAAUCAAUCAACUUAUGCAGCUUCUCCGAUAUGGCCUGCGCAAAAUUAAUCGACGUGGACGUUCAUCGGCAUGUGUCCGAGUUAGUGGUGGACUCAGUGAAUCGCGUAAUGUUCUACUCAGUGACCUCUUGGUGGGUGUUCAAUUCGCCCACCUACGUGCUCUACAAAGCGGAUCUAGAUGGAACCGCCAUCACCGAACUGGUCAAGAGCUCCAAUGGAUUUAUCUCCGGGUUAACGUACGAUAUGAACAAGAACCUCGUCUACUACGCGGAUCAACAUCAAGGGGAAAUCAUCCGCAUCACUUACGAGGGCAAACAGCAAACUGCUCUCUUCACCAAUCUAACUCAUCCGUUCAGUCUGCGAUUUUUUGAGGACCAUCUGUACUUUUCCUCGAGCAAUGGAUUUAUCUCCAAAUGUCAAUUG